AUGGCCGGGGGCCAGCUGGACCCGGAACCCAGGGCCUUGGUGACAGGCACCAGCCCAGACAAGUGGAGGGAGGGCUGUGUUGGGUUCAUGAACCGUCGAGUCCCUGCCCACAAGAGGUACCAGCCCACGGAGUACGAACAUGCUGCCAACUGUGCCACCCAUGCUUUCUGGAUCAUUCCCAGCAUCCUCGGCAGCUCCAAUCUCUACUUCCUGUCAGACGACAACUUGGAAACCAUUUCGGCCUGGAUCUACGGCUUUGGCCUUUGUGGUCUUUUUGUGGUUUCCACCAUGUUCCACACCAUCUCUUGGAAGAAGAGCCACCUCAGGGUGGUGGAGCACUGUCUGCACAUGUUCGAUCGGAUGGUCAUCUAUUACUUCAUAGCAGCUUCUUAUACACCCUGGCUGAACCUUCGAGAGCUGGGCCCCUGGGCCUCUCACAUGCGCUGGCUGGUCUGGAUUAUGGCCUCUGGGGGCACCAUGUAUGUCUUCUUCUUCCAUGAGAGGUACAAAGUCCUGGAGCUGCUCUGCUACGUUGUGAUGGGCUUUUUUCCUGCCCUGGUCCUCCUUUCCAUGCCCAACACUGAGGGCAUCUGGGAGCUGAUGACCGGUGGGGUCUUCUACUGCUUGGGCAUGGUGUUCUUCAAGAGUGAUGGGAGGAUCCCCUUCGCCCAUGCCAUCUGGCAUCUGUUUGUGGCAUUUGGUGCCGGUACCCACUACUAUGCCAUCUGGAGAUACCUCUAUUUGCCCAGCACUCUGCAAGCCAAGGUGUCCAAAUGAGGUUGUUCAGACGCCAUGGUACAUUUG